CCCUUGAUAUCGAUGAUAAAAAUCAAGCCGUCCGGUGGAUUUUCGUACAAAUACGCCGAUAUCAAAGUGAACGCCGCCUUGAUUUGCGAUUCGAUGCAAAAAUUGUAGUAGGUAGUGUCUUUCAAGCAACCCAAAGCGAUCACGUAAUUCUCCUCGGUCCUUUUAGGAAACACUGCCAGCAAACUGGAAUCAAAAUUUGCUCGUUUUUUUCCAAAAAUUUACGAAGAGAACAAACACUUACGAGACCUGGUGGGUGAAUUUGUUCUCCUUGUUGUCGAUGUCCCUGUUCAUGAACAAUUCGGGCGAAGAGCACUUCUGCUUGAAGAAGCUCUCUAUGGUGUACUUGGUGAGGUCCAGGUCGUUGUUGCAGGCCAACAGGAACAAGCAGAUUUGCUCCUCGGACAUCUCGGGGGCGCUCUUCUCGAACGAAGCCCAUUUCUUGAUAUCGUCGACGUUCGAUUGGGUCGUUCUACCUUCCUUAAUUAUCUCCGAGGCUUUGAAACCGUGCUUGGGAAUCACCGACAUCGUGCGCUCUAAGGACGACCGGACCGGACUUAACGGAUCGAUUUUAAUGCACCUUUAACAUUCGAUUGUAGAGGCGAAUUACCAAUAAAAAAUUUUUUUUAUGCAAAUCUGGAAAAUAUCGCAUCGAUUAACUAAUAGCCCCCCGAUCGGGUUCGUACUUGCUAUUGUUAAUUCGCUAAUUACGCAUCUUUGACGGUCAUUAAAUCGAAAAUUAUUGUUGCAUCUUAUCGCAGAACACAAAAUAAUACUUUACUAUUUAGCAAACGCACGCAUAAGGACGACUUUUUAAUUGAAAAAUCACGUAAAUGCGGUUCGAACACGAUUUUUUAUCGGAGUUUUUUUUUUCGGAAAAGUUUAUAAUAUUGCAUUUAGUAUGGAUGAAAAAUUAGUACUAUGUAAAUAAGUGUUUGUGUACCGCAUAAUUAAAUUUAAACGUUGGAAUGGAUAAUGAUAGACAGUUAAAAUUAAAAGAUAUGCUAAAUAAAUGAAACCACUUAAAUUAAUUGUUGCAAAUCUACAGGGUGAUUAAUAAGGGUAACCAUACGGGUGAUCCACCCGCUAUUAGUAAAACUCCCAUAUUUCUAAUACCUACAUAUUCAUUUAUCAUACAAUGCCUGAAAAAAUAUUAUCUUAUCAUUAUCAUUUCCAUAUUGUUGUUCGAAUACAACUCGAUUUAUUAUUAUUAUUAUUACGUUACAAACGCGCCCGAUUGUUCUCGCCUAAUACAAUACACACUUAUGCAACUUGCAAAAAUUAAACACGAAACCCGCAGGGAAAACGGUCGUGGAAAAACUCGCGCCGUCGACUCCAAAUGUGCUGGUGUCUGUGCAACAGGAAAAUCCUAAAAACUUACACCUAUUCGUGGGAAUUGAACGGUCUAGCGAAACUCCGCGUGUCAUUCGCGAAUUGGUGGCACGGCGACAGAAGGAAAACUCUCGUCUACAAUGUCCCCAAAGCCCGCAUUAUUUUCCCCGCAAAAGAAAAAGGCAUGGACUUGGAAAUUCAACUUAGAGCGGCGGAAGCCCGAAGGGCCGAACUGGAACGACAACACGCCGACGCCCUUCAAUCGCUCAGAGGAUGCGGUCCAGAGACGCUCGAAGUGCGACAAUCCAGAGUGAGGGAAUUGGAGAAGAAAGUCGCACUGGAAACAGUCAGAUGCGAGGAGCUCCAGUUGGAAUUGGCGUCGUCGCAAAGGGGGCGAAUGGGGGCGAGUAUGCACCAGGGUGUUCAGAUAUCGAGCAACAUGGGCGGCCAAUCUUGGGGCAAUAAAGGUACAGAAAUAGAACGAAUUAUGGCUAAAAUAGAACAAGAUAACAGAAUAUUAGCUGAAUUAGACCAUAGUCGUUCUACAACUUUGGGAGCGGGCCUGGCGACGAGCGUCAGUUCGCACGCUUUGGGCGAGUGCAGCCCGCCUCUAUCACCCAUCACCAUGUCACACACGACUCCAAGUAUAUACCCAACGAUGAAUCCCGGCAUGGGCCAGAACGCCUCCUACCACGGUACCACCAAUCUCUCGGGCGCCUACAUCCCAUCGAACCCCGUCAACAUAGCCGGCUACAAUCCCGCUUCGACGCAGUACAACAGCCUCAGCCAUCACUACACCAACAAAUCGAUGGGCAUGGGCGCCAGCUUGGGCCAGCAUUCCAUCGGAAUGGGCGGCGGUUUGGGCCAAACGGGCGUACUAGGUUCCUCGCUGCCGCCGAGCAUAUCCGCGAUGGGCGCCGGCGUGAUGGGCGCCGUCCCGUCGAACUUGGGCACCUCGAUGGGCGGCACGAACUACACGCAAACGGCGCUGUCGAACACCGCCUACGGCAAUCCGUUGGGCAACAAUCCCGCCGCCUUGCAGCCCGCCUCGUUCAACAAUCCGACGUUCGGCAAUCCGGCGACCAGCUCGCUGACGCAGUACUCGCUGCCCUACGCCAAUCCGUUGAAUCCGACGGUGUCGACCAGCUACGCCAACAACAACGUGACCUUCUCGAAUCCGCUCAGCUCGCAGUUCAACAGCCUGCCGCUCUCCGGCGCCCAGAUGAGCAUCAAACUGAAGCAAAUCGACGACGUGGAUCUCGGUACGCGUCGCGUCGCGACGCCCGUGACCCCCCAUCCGCCCCCGUGGGGCGGCACCACCCUCUCCGGCAUAUCCGAUCUGAGACCGAGGAUGCUUACAGAUGGGCUCGACGCCGAUUGGAGCGCCCUGCACGGCGCCGACAGGAACUUCCUCAACGGACAGAUGGCCGCCGAAGGGCAGGUGGACAUGCUGGAUAUACCGGGGAAAGGACGGUGUUCCGUGUACAUAGCGAGGUUCUCGUACGAUCCGGAACCGGACGUAGAGGAGGAACUGAGCAUACAAGCCGGCGAUUAUUUGCUGGUUUGGGGGGAUCCCGUCGGUCCCGGGGGGUACUUGGACGCUGAGCUUUUGGACGGUAGGCGAGGAUUGGUACCGUCGCAUUUCGUCCAAAGAUUGAUAGGCGACGAUUUGCUGGAGUUCCAUCAGGCCGUGUUGAGCACGUUGAGAGAGGAGGAAAUCAAUCAGGAGAAUUUCGCCGCCGACGUGCAAAGGCUGAACGAAAUAGCGGAAAUGGCGGAGGCCCAAGAGGACGAAGGACCAGAAGGUGAGAUAGCUGACCUUUUCUUCUCGGUGCUAGUGCCGGCGCCCAGACAGCUGACGCUCGAGCGCCAGCUCAACAAGAGCGUCCUCAUCUCGUGGACGGCGCCCGAGGGCAUCGGCCCCGGCAACCAGAUCGAGAGCUACCACGUCUACGUCGACGGCGUCCUCAAGGCCACCAUCAAGGCCACCGAGCGCACGCGGGCGCUCGUCGAAGGCGUCGAAAGCAACAGGCCGCAUCGCAUCAGCGUACGUUCGGUGACGGCGAACCGGCGCACGUCCAGGGACGCCGCCUGCACGAUGAUCAUCGGCCGGGACACCCACUCGCUCGGCCCCAGCGCCGUCAGGGCGUCCAACAUCACCUCGACGUCGGCCAUCAUCAGCUGGCUGCCGGCCAAUUCGAAUCACCAGCACGUCGUGUGCGUCAACAACGUGGAGGUGCGCACCGUCAAGCCGGGCGUCUACCGGCACACCAUCACCGGCCUGGCGCCCAACACCCAAUACAGGGUGACGGUGCGCGCGAAGCACCACCGCACCGCCCAGAACGUGGCCAACGUGGCCGAGGAGCUGCCCAUGCCGGCCGCCGCCCACACCGACUUCCGCACGUUGCCCAAGGGCUUGCCCGAUCCGCCCAGCGACAUCCUCGUCGAACCAGGUCCGCAAGACGGCACGCUGCUGGUCACCUGGCACCCGAUCCUGGCGCCCCACCAUCCGGGCUCCGCCGUGACGGGGUACGCGGUGUACGCCGACGGCAAGAAGGUGACCGACGUGGACAGCCCGACGGGCGAUCACGCGCUCAUCGACAUCAGCAAGUUGCUCGGGUUGAAUCCCAAGCACGUGACGGUGCGCACCAAGGCGAGGGACAGCCAAUCGGCCGACAGCGCCCCGACGCCCAUACCGCUCAGCGUGCUGCGCGGCGGCGCCGUCAAGUCGCGCCAGCAGCCCCAUUCGGCCGUCAUACCGGCGCACGUCAGGCAGCAGAUGCCCAGGCAACAGCAGCAACAACAAGGACAACAGAUUAUCGAUCCUGAUGAGAAUCUGAGCGACAAAGAGAUAUUUCCGAACGUGAACACGCAUAGACAGCAAGGAGGAAUUCCGUCUAUUGAAAUAACUAAAGAAAAUUACGAGAGCAACAUGUCCGAGGACGAGUUGCUCGACAGGCGCAACCAAAGGCAAUACCAGCAAAGGCCCCAACAGAGGCAGGGCCAGCAGCGGCAGGAGCAGCAACAGCAGCAACAACAACAGCAACAGCAGGCCCAGCAGCAGCAAUCGCAGCAAACCCAACAGCAACAGUAUUAUCAACAACAGCAAGCUAUUUCGAGGGACGCGAGAAGGCGAAUGGGACAGCCGGCGCGCGGCCAGCAGGAGGCGAUGGGCGGCAUGGGCCCCAACGCCGUCACCGGGGGCCUCGGCAACCGGCCGGAUCCGCAGAAGAGGGCCCGGUGGUUCGUGGCGCUGUUCGACUACGAUCCGGCCACCAUGUCCCCGAAUCCGGACGCCUGCGACGAGGAGCUGCCCUUCUCCGAGGGGGACACCAUCAAGGUGUGGGGCGACAAGGACGCCGACGGGUUCUACUGGGGCGAGUGCAGAGGUCGAAGGGGCUACGUUCCGCACAAUAUGGUGAUGGAACUCGAGGGUAACCAGAACAGGGAUCGAUGGGGCGACAGUUUGAGCAACAUGCCCGUGAAACGUAUGGUGGCCCUUUACGAUUACGAUCCACAGGAGUUGAGCCCCAAUGUCGACGCGGAGGUAGAACUGAGCUUCACCACCGGCCAGAUCAUCACCGUCUACGGCGAGAUGGACGACGACGGCUUCUACAUGGGCGAGAUCGAGGGCGUGCGGGGCCUGGUGCCGUCGAACUUCCUCACCGAGGCGCCCGAGCAGUACGCCGGCGGCGGGCAGACGUCGCAGCAGCAGCAGCAACAGCAGCAACAGCAGCAGGCGGGUCAAAGGGGCCAGCGCGGCAGGGGCGUGGGGCCGGGGGCGAGGGGGCCGCCGCCGCCGCCCAGGGAGAACCAGAUGCGCGGCCGGGCCAAAGAUGCCUGCCUUCCUGUGUAUACCUCUCAGUUAGACUCGCUGAACACGUCUACGACACCGAACACUAUCACCGAGCACCAGCAGGGGAGGGCGAGAGGCAUGCUGAGGCCCGGUGGUAACCAGCAACAGCAGCAGCAAUCCAUGCAGCAACAACACCCGCCGCUGCAGCAGCAACAAUCCUUCGGCGGGCCGCAGAUGGGCCUCCAGCAGCCGCCCGCGACGACGGCGGCGUCGACCGGCGGCCUCUUCAGCAGCCUGAUGGGCGGCAUGACGACGCAGCAGCCGCAGCAACCGCAGCAACAGCAGCAGCAGCAGCAACAACAGCAAGCGUUCGGCAACCAGCAGCAGCAGCAGCAGCCGUUCGGCAACCAGCAGCAGGGGUUCCAGAACGCCGGCAGGAUGCAACACAAGGGCGUGCCCCAGGUGGUGCCGAACGUGAUGGGGGGCGGCGGCGCCGGGCCGAUGCCCAACAGCGCCCAGCAGGCGCAGAUGAAUAAUGCCGGCGCGCCGAAUUUGAUGCAGAAAUUGAACGAAAUCACGGCGCCCGGCGGUGAUAUCCUCUCCAAGGGCAAGGAACUUAUAUUUAUGAAAUUCGGAUUAGGAGGAAAAUAA